AUGGGCACGGCCGCCUCCCGUCACCUGACCGGCGAGGAGCUGCUGGAAAUCCAGGCGGAGACGGGAUUCUCGCUGGCACGACUUGACUACCUGUACGGGCAUUACCAGUCCCUCGAUCGCGACUCGGAGGAUCGGGUCUUGAGGAGCGAACUGCUGCGAGUGCCGCCGGUGGCCACGCAUCCGUUGAAGGAGCGUCUGGUGGACGCCAUGUUGCAUCCGUCGCUGGGCUUCCGGCAUUUCGUGAGCGGCCUGGCCAAUUUCCGGCGCGGCGAACCGCUUGACCGGAAGUUGGCCUCCACGCUGCGGUUGUUCGACGAGGAUGGCGAUGGGCUGCUGAGUGCCGAGCAGUGCCACGCCCUUUUGGCCCGCCUACCGGCAACGCGGCGGGAAUCGCGCGGGAUGCGCUGGCGCCUUAAUCAGAUCCUGGCCGAGAAGGAUAAACUGAAUGCCGAGGACUUUGGCCACAUCACCAGGGGCCUGGACCUGGAGCAGAGUCUCUCGCUGCGAUUCCACUGA